GUAAUUUUCUAUCAUGCAUGGCAGAGUUGGGCCCAGAAAUCUUUGGGGGUAAAUCCUACAACACCCCUUGGUGAAACUUGUUACUUUCCUCGCCAUUCUUUGUUGCUGUCAUACAAACUAUUGACAUGGCCUGCAGCGCGUCCAUGUCUAGGCGAGUUGUUUGAUAGCCGAAGCCUUCUAAUUCCUGCCAGUCACAGUCCUGGCCACAAAAAUGAACAAUUCGGAGGUCGAAGGAGAUGUUCCAAGGGGAAAGAAGCGUACAAGAGCUAUCGCAAAUCUUACCGAGGAGCAGUUACAACACAAACGAAAUGUCGACCGAAAGGCUCAACGGGCUUUUCGCCAACGAACCAAGGAUAGCAUCUGCAGUCUCGAACUACAAAUUGAGAAUCUCCAAAAGGCAGCCGACGAGCGGCAAGUUAGAUUUCAGGACGAACUUUCAAGUUUGCGUGAGAGCAAUACAGCAUUAUUACAAUGCCUCGAGCGUAUCACGGACUUGGCAUUUGCAACAACUCGUUCCAUGACUCAGGCGAUUAACAACGAUGGCAUGCCUUCCGUAGAGCAUAGUCGGGCAAAGAGUUCGGCAGAAUCAUCUCCUUCUUGCCAGGGCAAUUCUCCCCAAGUCCCUGCAGCUGACGAGCUGGAUGUCACCCCUGGCAACAAUACAGAUGAUACUUUCCAUCCCAAUAUCGUUCCAUCCGACGCACCUAGAUCACCGACGUCACACCUGGAAAUUGAGACUUUACACGAACGAACUUUGUCGAUAUGCCAUGAUAGUUCCGCUCAGCAAAGAAUUCACGACUAUGGUCCCAACCCCCACACACCGUACGUGUUCAGCUACGAGUCAAGUGCAAUACACCCUACCCUACCCACUAGCGCAACGGCCACGGGUUCUCCAUCUUCUGGAAUUUCACAUUCUGGAAGCAAUCAACGCUCCGCUACCAGUAUGGAUGUUGCCAGUCUGACCCCUUCAGGAUACCAUGGGGCACCCGCUGAUAACAAUGAUUAUCACCCUCACAUCGUGUCAGUUUCACUGGGGCCUGACAGGUCGGCCAUCGAUGGAACAAGCGAGCUAUACCCAAAUGCAUGGAAAAAUUCCGUCUUUACUAUUCUCCCAACUCAUGUACCACCAACAUGUCCCUUGGACGAAAUUUUGCAUAAUUUCUUAAGAGCUCGAAGAGACAUGCUUACGCAAGGGUUGCCGGCUGAGAGUGUUAUGGGGUCACCAAACCCUACAGUGAAAGCACUGCUUGAUACCACUAUGGCAAGUAGCGUACAUCCGAUAUGUGGCGUCAUGUCUGAAGUGUUGUCAACAUUUCCACACGUGGACCAACCGGAGAAACUCGCCUUCUUCUAUCUCAUGUUCAAAACAAUGAGGUGGCAAAUUUCCCCUAGUAAGGAUAGCUACCUUGCGAUGCCGCCGUGGCUAAGGCCGACAGUAACGCAGGUCACGGUGCCGCAUGCUUUCUGGAUAGACAACAUCCCUUGGCCUGGUGUGCGAGACAUGCUUAUUGAGAAGCCAGAGGAUCAUACAUUUGAAAUGUUCUCCCAAUAUUAUUCACAAAACGUCCGCGUAAAUUGGAAAUUUGACAGCCGUGACGCGCUAUCAAAUAUCGAAAAUGAAGCUGUUCUGCAUUCUAUCUUCGAGAAGCAUAUCUCCAAUCUCAAGAAUUGGACUGUUUUGCCCGAAUUUCAACGUCGUUUCCCAGCGAUGACACCUGCAAUCUACUCCCGCGAUUGAAUGUUAUGCUUUCAAAGCAUAGUCCUUGUGGAUCCUUUAUAGACGUUGUCAAACCUCUGUAAGGGGUACGCCAUAUUAAGCCCAGUAUCAGGCUACAUAUACACACAUUAUUUCUAUAAUUUUAUC